AUGGACGCCCUAGGCGCCGCGCUGCCGCGGCUCGCCCUCGCCGACGCCGACGCCGACGCCGGGCCGGACGACGCGUGCGGGAGCCCCUGCUCCGUCGCCAGCGACUGCAGCAGCGUCGCCUCUGCCGACUUCGAGGGCCUCUUCUCCCCCUCCGGCGCCGACGCGGGCCCGCCCUCGCUCCUCUCCGACGACCUGCCCGCGGCCGCCGCCGAGGCCGCCACGGUCCCCGGCGGCGCCUGCAGGAGCGUCUUCGCCCUCGACUCGCCGCCGCUCUGGGGGCUCGAGUCUGUAUGCGGCCGCCGCCCGGAGAUGGAGGACGCCGCCGCCGUCGCCCCGCGAUUCUACCGCGUCCCGCUCUGGAUGGUCGCCGGCGACGGCGCUGCGGUCGACGGCCUCGACCGCGCCUCCUUCCGCCUCCCCGCACACUUCUUCGCCGUCUACGACGGCCACGGCGGUGCCCAGGUCGCCGACUACUGCCGGGACAAGCUCCACGCCACGCUUGUUGAAGAGCUGCGCGCCGCAGAGGACCGUGUCGGCGGCUGCGACGACCUCAGCUCCCUGGACUCCAAGAAACAGUGGGAGAAGGCGUUCGUGGACUGCUUCUGCCGCGUGGACGCCGAGGUCGAGGCGCCGGACAGCGCGGGCUCGACGGCGGUGGCCGCAGUCGUCUGCUCGUCCCACAUCAUCGUCUCCAACUGCGGGGACUCGCGGGCGGUGCUGUGCCGGGGCAAGGCGCCAUUGCCACUCUCUUUAGACCAUAAGCCCAACAGGGAAGACGAGUACGCGAGGAUCGAGGCGCUGGGCGGCAAGGUCAUCCAGUGGAAUGGCUAUCGAGUUCUCGGUGUUCUUGCCAUGUCGCGCUCCAUCGGGGACAGAUACCUGAAACCGUACAUAAUCCCGGUCCCUGAGGUGACGGUCGUUGCCCGCGCGAGAGAGGAUGAGUGCCUCAUCCUCGCAAGCGAUGGCCUCUGGGACGUGUUGUCGAACGAGGAGGUGUGCGACGCCGCUCGCAAGCGAAUCCUACUGUGGCACAAGAAGAACGCUACCGCCUCCUCGUCCAUCUCCCGAGGACGAAGCGGCGGCGAUGGUGGCUCGCCGGAUCCCGCCGCUCAGGCGGCCGCCGAGUACCUAUCCAAGCUCGCCCUCCAGAAGGGGAGCAAGGACAACAUCACCGUCCUUGUGGUCGACCUCAAGGCGCAUAGGAAGUUCAGGAGCAAGACUGACAAUAACAACAGAUAG